AUGCACACACACCUUCUUCCCCUCUUUUACUUUUCUAUUACCACUUCUUCAACCUUCUUCUUCUCUCCUCUCUUCUCUCUCAUUCUUAUUCUUAUUCUUUUCCUUACACAUUCGAAUAAUUUUAUUUCGGUUACGUGCUUACGGAGUGUAUCGCGUUUAAAAGAAAGAAAGAAAAAACACGAUUCGUUCAUUUUCGAAUGA